AUGCAGCUUAGCAUGUUAGCCUUCCCAUCCGAACGCAGUCGCUCGGACGACGAAAGUAUCUUCACUACAGAAUCCUCCAUCACCGUCACCUCGGACCGGUAUCUUGCUCCUCAUCUCAACGGCUUUAGUCGCAGCGCAAGUGCGAGCAAGGUCCGAGGUCAAUUCUCUGGCGCUUACCUUCAGACACCGUUUGCUCAACCUGGUCUCGUCGAUAGAGAGUAUGUUCACGCCCACUCCAGUUUUUUGGCAACGAUCUCGGAUGACUAUCUCGACAGCUUCCUCAUGCCUCUUUCACGCAAUACUGAUGGUGCGAAACCCAAGUCUCGUCCACCGCGAAGCAUGAUGCCCGAACUCAAAGUGAUCGACAGUGAUACGAUGGAGGCAGCGUGGGAAGAUGAGAGUUGCGUGGACGGCUCGAGUCCUCACUUGGAACCGCACGAGUCGGACUCGGUGGAGGAUCGGUUCGAGAUGGAAGCAUUGCGAAGGCAGGUGGAGCAGUUACAGCUGGCUUUGCAGUUGCAAAGCCAGCAAUUGGCUCUGUUGGAAUCGCGAGCACAGCAUAGACCUCGUGCUGUCAGUUCUAGGUCGAGUCAGAUCUUGCAACAACAAGCAGCAGUGUACGACAUUGAUUCUUCCACCCACCUGCCUUCGCCAUCAACUCAUCAUCCACCUCCUUCGAUGACCCAGAGGUCCAUAUCACGUGCACCAUCAACCUCGCUUCGUUCGUCGAAGCUCCCUCCUGCACAUCUAGCUACCGCUCCUACAAGAGAGCUUCCACCAACACCAACCGUUCACCACCCAUUCGCCGACAGAUCCUCACCACGACCCUCCUCGUCUCUAACUGACCCCGACAAGCUCGAACAUCUCGACCGCAAAGUAGCCGUGCUUGAACAGCUCCUCGAGGCGCUCAACUCGCAAACGCACCCAGCUACCUCUCCCAAUCUCAUCUCCUCACCCUCUCCCACCACGAGCAGCUUAACCACUUUACGCACUAACGCAUCAACUCCGGACAGUGCAUCUGCUUUCCACUUCAAUCCCACACCGCCAGCGCCCAUCAGCAAUACAGCCAAAUUCACCACCAACAUGUUCCGGAUCAAGAAAGCCGCAACAGUGAGCAGCAGCGGCAAAAGUAGCUUCUCGGCAAGCAGCAUCCGGUCGGUCGAUAUUGAAGCGCAAGCCGAAAGCACAACAAGAGUCAGUUGGAGUCGCAAAAGAACCGAGAAAGUUGCACAACCUAAAGCCAAAGUUCGACAAGGUCCAGGUCGCGGUAGAAUGGUGAUUCGAGAAACAGCUGCCUGA